CCGACCCACGCUCCCAUUCUCUGCCUCCACCGUCUCUCCCUGCGCUCCUCUCCUGCUCCUCCUCUCCAGCUGGAGGAGCGCUGUGCUCCUGAUUAGAGGCUGGGAGCGUCCCCCCCCUCCCACAGAGAAGCUGAUCUUUGAGGACGGUGACGGAUGGAUGGAUGGAUGGAGGGAAUCCGAGGUGUGAUGUUGCCGUGGCCGCGGAGCGUCUGCUGAGCCAGCGUUUUCUGACUCACCCCUAGUGAGGGAGAGAGAGGGAGGGAGGGAGGGAGGGAGGUGGUGUGGCCCUCCUUUCUGUGGAGCUCAGUCCUGCUGAGAGAGGAAGCAGCUCUGAUCUGGACCCAGCCCUCUGCUUUAACAGCCUGGUUCUGACCCGUUUCUCCUGGAUCUGCUGAUUAGUGAGUGAAGGAUCGGACCUUCCCUCCCUGCUGGACUUUCCCUGGACUUCCUCCUUCAUGCCUCUGGGGGUUCAUCCCGUCUGACCCCCUCUCUGGAGUUUCACCAUGGAGCUUCAGAGCCCCACCGCCGCCCUCCCCGGCUCCCUGUCACCCCUCUCCCCCGUAUCGGACUAUGCGGGGCCUCUGUCCCCGUCCGGGAUCCCCGGGCCGUCCCAUCCGGCCGGUCCGGGUCGGGCUCCCAGUCCCGGCCUCUCAGGACAGGCAGCCUUUAACUACAACCAGCUGGAGGGACGCUUCAAACAGCUCCAAGAUGAGCGUGAGGCGGUGCAGAAGAAGACCUUCACCAAGUGGGUGAACUCCCACCUGUCCAGAGUCUCCUGCCGGAUCACAGACCUGUACAUGGACCUGAGGGACGGACGGAUGCUCAUCAAGCUGCUGGAGGUCCUGUCAGGAGAGAGGCUGCCCAAACCCACAAAGGGCCGCAUGAGGAUCCACUGCCUGGAAAAUGUGGACAAAGCUCUGCAGUUCCUGAAGGAGCAGCGGGUCCACCUGGAGAACAUGGGCUCCCACGACAUCGUGGAUGGAAACCACCGCCUGACGCUGGGCCUCAUCUGGACCAUCAUCCUGCGCUUCCAGGUAAGAGGCGGACUGGACCACGGAGGCGGGACUUCCGCUUUAAGGGGGAAUGAAGAGUCAGGAACUGAAACGUGGCGUUUAUGGUGCUUUAUGACAUCAUCAUGGUAUCCCAACGUCAACAUCCACAACUUCACCACCAGCUGGAGGGACGGGAUGGCCUUCAACGCCCUGAUCCACAAGCACAGACCCGACUUGAUCGACUUUGAUAAGCUGAAGAAAUCAAACGCUCACUACAAUCUACAGAAUGCCUUCAAUCAGGCCGAGCAGCACCUGGGCCUCACCAAGCUGCUGGACCCUGAAGACAUCAGCGUGGAGCAUCCUGAUGAGAAGUCUAUCAUCACCUACGUCGUCACCUACUACCACUACUUCUCCAAGAUGAAGGCGCUGAAGGUGGAGGGGAAGAGGAUCGGGAAGGUUCUGGAUCACGCCCUGGAGACGGAGAAAAUGAUCGAGAAGUACGAGUCUCUGGCGUCGGACCUGCUGGAGUGGAUCGAACAGACCAUCAUCAUCCUCAACAACAGGAAGUUUGCCAACUCUCUGGUGGGCGUCCAGCAGCAGCUGCAGGCCUUCAACACGUACCGCACCGUGGAGAAACCACCAAAGUUUACAGAGAAGGGGAACCUGGAGGUUCUGCUCUUCACCAUCCAGAGUAAGAUGAGAGCCAACAACCAGAAGGUCUUCACCCCCAGAGAGGGAAAACUCAUCUCUGACAUCAACAAGGCGUGGGAGCGUCUGGAGAAGGCGGAGCACGAGCGGGAGCUGGCUCUGAGGACGGAGCUGAUUCGUCAGGAGAAGCUGGAGCAGCUGGCCCGCCGCUUCGACCGUAAGGCGGCCAUGAGGGAGACGUGGCUGAGUGAGAACCAGAGGCUGGUCUCUCAGGAUAAUUUCGGAUAUGACCUCCAGGCCGUUGAAGCCGCCACAAAGAAACACGAAGCCAUAGAAACGGACAUCGCGGCGUACGAGGAGCGAGUUCAGGCGGUGGUUGCCGUGGCGAAGGAGCUGGAGGCGGAGAGUUACCAUGACAUCAAGCGCAUCACAGCCAGGAAGGACAACGUGAUCCGUCUGUGGGAGUACCUGCUGGAGCUGCUGAGGGCCCGGCGCCACAGGCUGGAGCAGAACCUGGGCCUGCAGAGAGUCUUCCAGGAGAUGCUCUACAUCAUGGACUGGAUGGACGAGAUGAAGAUGCUGCUGCUCUCUCAGGAUUACGGCAAACACCUGCUGGGUGUGGAGGACCUGCUGCAGAAACACGCUCUGGUGGAAGCCGACAUCGCCAUUCAGGCCGACCGAGUCCGAAACGUCAACAGUAACGCUCAGAAGUUUGCCACCGACACAGAAGGUUAUAAGCCCUGUGACCCGCAGGUCAUCAGGGACCGCGUUGCCCACAUGGAGUUCUGCUACCAGGAGCUGAGCCAGCUGGCAGCUGAACGCCGAGCUCGCCUCGAGGAAUCCCGCCGACUCUGGAAGUUCUUCUGGGAGAUGGCGGAAGAGGAGGGAUGGAUCAGGGAGAAGGAACAGAUCCUGUCCUCUGAGGAUUAUGGGAAGGACCUGACAGGCACGGUGCGCCUGCUCAGUCAGCACAAAGCCUUUGAGGACGAGAUGAGCGGGCGAGCCGCCCACCUGCAGCAGACCAUCAAACAGGGCAAGGACCUGGUGGCCGACAACCACUUCGGGGCCGAGAAGAUCAAGGAGCGGAUCCGGGACAUCGAGGAGCAGUGGGCAGCUCUGGAGCGUCUGUCUGCUGUGAGAAAAGCACGCCUGCAGGCGGCGUGCAACCACCACCAGUUCCAGGCUGAUGCAGAUGACAUUGACACAUGGAUGCUGGACGUUCUGCGCAUCGUCUCCAGCGUGGACGUCGGCCACGACGAGUUCUCCGCUCAGGCUCUGGUGAAGAAACACAAAGACGUCGCAGAGGAGAUCAGCAGCUAUCGGCCCGCCAUCGACGCUCUGCAUGAGCAGGCCCAGACGCUGCCGCCGGAGAGGGCCAACUCCGAGGAGGUCCAGAACCGGCUGGCGGGCAUUGAAGAGCGCUACAAGGAGGUGGCAGAACUGACCCGGCUCAGGAAGCAGGCCCUGCAGGAUGCCCUGGCGCUCUACAAGCUGCUGAGUGAAGCCAGCGCCUGCGAGCUUUGGAUCGACGAGAAGGAGCAAUGGCUCAACAGCAUGGAGAUCCCAGAGAAACUGGAGGACCUGGAGGUCAUCCAGCACCGGUUUGAGAAUCUGGAGCCGGAGAUGAACAGCCAGGCCUCCCGGGUCGCCGUGGUGAACCAGGUAGCCAGGCAGCUGAUCCACAGCGGACAUCCCAGUGAGAGGGAGAUCAAGACCCAGCAGGACAAACUCAACACCAGGUGGAGUCAGUUCAGAGACCUGGUGGACCAGAAGAAGGAGAUCCUGAACUCAACUCUGGGAGUCCAAAACUACCACCUGGAGUGUAAUGAGACCAAGUCCUGGAUCAAAGAGAAGACCAAGGUGAUUGAGUCCACGCAGGAGCUGGGCAACGAUCUGGGCGGAGUCAUGGCUCUGCAGAGGAAGCUAACAGGGAUGGAGCGGGACCUGGUUGCCAUCGAGGACAAACUGAAAGACUUGGAGAAAGAGGCGGAGGGUUUGUCUUCCGAACACCCGGAGCAGUACGCAGCGAUCAAAGGACAGCUGGCUGAGAUCACCAGCGUCUGGAAUGAGAUGAAGGGGACGUUGAAAAACCGUGAGGAGUCUCUGGGCGAGGCCAGCAAGCUGCAGCAGUUCCUGCGAGACUUGGACGACUUCCAGUCAUGGUUGUCCCGGACGCAGACGGCCAUCGCCUCGGAGGACAUGCCGAACACUCUGGCUGAGGCCGAGAAGCUGCUCUCCCAGCACGAAAACAUCAAGAACGAGAUCCGCAACUACGAGGAGGACUACCAGAAGAUGCGGGACAUGGGCGAGAUGGUGACGCAAGGCCAGACGGACGCUCAGUACAUGUUCCUCAGGCAGCGUCUUCAGGCGCUGGACACCGGUUGGAACGAGCUGCACAAGAUGUGGGAGAACCGACAGAACCUGCUGUCCCAGUCCAACGCCUACCAGCUGUUCCUGAGGGACACCAAGCAGGCCGAGGCCUUCCUCAACAACCAGGAAUAUGUUCUGGCUCACACCGAGAUGCCCACCACCCUGGAGGGGGCCGAGGCCGCCAUCAAGAAGCAGGAGGACUUCAUGACCACCAUGGAUGCCAGUGAGGAAAAGAUCAGCGGUGUUGUUGACACAGGACGCCGCCUGGUUACCGACGGCAACAUCAAUGCCGAGCGUAUACAGGAGAAGGUGGACUCCAUCGAUCAGAGACACAAGAAAAACCGACAGGCAGCAAAAGAUCUGCUGAUGAAGCUGAAGGACAACAGAGACCUGCAGAAGUUCCUGCAGGACUGCCAAGAGCUGUCCCUGUGGAUCAACGAGAAAAUGCUGACCGCCCAGGACCUGACGUACGACGAGGCCAGGAACCUCCACAGCAAGUGGCUGAAACAUCAAGCCUUCAUGGCAGAGCUGCAGUCCAACAAGGAGUGGCUGGAUAAGAUUGAAAAGGACGGCCAGGCGCUGGCAGCAGAGAAGCCGGAGACGGAGGCCAUGGUGAAGGAGAAGCUGGCGUCCCUGAAGACCAUGUGGGAGGUCCUGGAGUCCACCACCCAGACCAAGGCCAAGUGUCUGUUUGACGCCAACAAGGCCGAGCUGUUCACGCAGAGCUGCGCCGACCUCGACAAGUGGCUGACCGGCCUGGACGGCCAGCUCCAGUCCGACGACUUUGGCAAAGACCUCACCUCCGUUAACAUCAUGCUGAAGAAGCAGCAGAUGCUGGAGAGCCAGGUGGAGGUGCGUCAGAAGGAGGUGGAGGAGCUGCAGAGACAGUCUCAGGCCCUCAGCCAGGAGGGGAAAGGCUCCGACGAGGUGGAAGGGAGGAGGAUCACCGUGGAGAAGAAGUUCCAGGCGCUGCUGGCGCCUCUGAAGAUGAGACGCGACAACCUGAUGGCGUCCCGCGAGAUCCACCAGUUCAACCGAGACGUGGAGGAUGAGAUCCUCUGGGUGGAGGAGAGGAUGCCUCUGGCCACAUCUACUGACCACGGACACAACCUGCAGACGGUGCAGCUGCUCAUCAAGAAGAACCAGACGCUGCAGAAGGAGAUCCAGGGACAUCAGCCUCGAUUUGACGACAUCUUUGAGCGCAGCCAGCACGUUCUGAGGGCCGACAGCCCCACGGCGGAACCCAUCCGCCAGAGGCUGACCGAGCUGCAGGCGCUGUGGGAUCAGAUCAAGAAGGAGACGGAGAAGCGGCAUUCCCGGCUCAGCGAGGCCCACGAGGCCCAGCAGUACUACUUCGACGCCGCCGAGGCCGAGGCCUGGAUGAGCGAGCAGGAGCUGUACAUGAUGUCAGAGGAGAAGGCCAAGGACGAGCAGAGCUCCGUGGCCAUGCUGAAGAAGCACCAGAUCCUGGAGCAGGCCGUGGAGGAUUACGCCGACACCGUCCACCAGCUGUCCAGCACCAGCCGGGGCCUGGUGGCUGCAGGCCACCCUGACAGCGAGCGCAUCGGCAUGCGUCAGUCUAAGGUGGAUAAGCUGUACGCCGGCCUGAAGGACCUGGCCGAAGAACGACGCGGGAAGCUGGACGAGCGUUUCCGACUCUUCCAGCUCAACAGGGAGGUGGACGACUUGGAGCAGUGGAUCGCAGAGAGGGAGGUGGUGGCCGGGUCCCAUGAGCUGGGACAGGACUACGAACACGUCACGAUGCUGCAGGAGCGAUUCCGAGAAUUCGCCCGUGACACCGGGAACAUCGGCCAGGAGCGCGUGGACGGCGUGAACAAGCAGGCGGACGAGCUGAUCAACGCGGGCCACAGCGACUCCGCCACCAUCGCCGAGUGGAAGGACGGCCUGAACGAGGCCUGGGCCGACCUGCUGGAGCUCAUCGACACGCGCACGCAGAUCCUCGCCGCCUCCUACGAGCUCCACAAGUUCUACCACGACGCCAAGGAGAUCCUGAACCGCAUCCUGGACAAACACAAGAAGCUCCCGGAGGAGCUGGGCCGGGACCAGAACACGGUGGAGACCCUGCAGAGGAUGCACACCACCUUCGAACACGACAUUCAGGCUCUGGGGACGCAGGUCCGGCAGCUUCAGGAAGACGCCGUCCGUCUGCAGUCGGCGUACGCCGGAGACAAAGCGGACGACAUCCAGAAGAGAGAAGGAGAGGUCCUGGAGGCCUGGAAGAACCUGCUGGAGGCGGCGGAGGGCCGGCGGGUCAAGCUGGUGGACACGGCCGACAAGUUCCGCUUCUUCAGCAUGGUGCGGGACCUGAUGCUGUGGAUGGAGGACGUGAUCCGGCUGAUCGAGGCUCAGGAGAAGCCAAGGCCCAGGAAAAGCUCCUCGGUUCUGAUCUUGAUCCGUUUUGUGCCGCAGAUUAAAGAGAAGUUGCUUCAGCUGACAGACAAGAGGAAAGAGAUGAUCGAUAAGUGGGAGGACCGAUGGGAGUGGCUCAGACUGGUGCUGGAGGUGCACCAGUUCUCCCGGGACGCGGGCGUGGCCGAGGCCUGGCUGCUGGGGCAGGAGCCCUACCUGUCCAGCAGGGAGAUGGGGCAGAGCGUGGACGAGGUGGAGAAGCUCAUCAAACGCCACGAAGCCUUCGAGAAGUCCGCCGCCACCUGGGAGGAGCGCUUCUCGGCUCUGGAGAGGCUGACGACGAUGGAGCUACUGGAAGUGAGAAGAAUGCAGGAGGAAGAGGAGAAGAAGAGGCAACCGGCCGAGGCUCAGGCCGCCGAGGCUGCAGCUCAGAGCAGAGACGGUGAGCCGGCGUCCCAGAACGGGCUGCCGUCCGAGCAGGAGCCCCCCCGGGUUAGUUACCGCUCACCCGCCUACCAGACAUACAGCGACAUCCUGCAGAGCCGCAGGGCCGCCGCCGUGGCUGCAGCCGCUGCGGCCGCAGCCCGAAGGUUCCCACAGACAACCACGGCUGCUGUAAAUCAGCGGCUCUUCAUCGCGCUGCAGGAGCUCAACCAGCCGACCCAUCGGGUGUUUUGGUGCAGGCGAAGCUCAGGGUUUGUUGAGGUCCAGAAGGCCGACGCUGCUCUGAGUAAAAGCUCCCAGGAUUGGUCCAGAUCAUCUGAAAGCUCCCAGGAUCCCUCCGGCCUCUGCUGCAGGUCCUGGCACAACGUCUACUGUGUGAUCAACCAGCAGGAGAUGGGCUUCUACAAGGACCAGAAGAGCGCCAGUCAGGGCAUCCCCUACCACAGCGAGAUUCCCAUCAGCCUGAAGGAGGCGCUGUGUGAGGUCGCUGUGGAUUACAAGAAGAAGAAACACGUCUUUAAGCUAAAGAUCUCUGAUGGGAACGAGUAUCUCUUCCAAGCCAAAGACGACGAGGAGAUGAACUCCUGGAUCUCAGCCAUCUCUGCCGCCGUGGCGGGGGUCAAAUCGGAGGUGACGCCCAGCGGCCACAGCACGCCGGCCCCCGCGGCUCGCGCUCAGACGCUGCCGGCGACGGUGGCGGCGACGGCGGCGGAGUCGAGUCCUGGCAAACGGGAGAAAGACAAGGAGAAACGCUUCAGCCUCUUCAGCAAGAAGAAAUAGAGGCUCCUUCCUCUCUUUCCUCCCUCCUCCUGCGGUGCUGUUUGGGAUCACUCCUCAUUAUCAUUAAUCGAAUCGUGGAUGACAGUUCUGCUCGUAGCAGAUCUGUUUCAUCCUUCCUGAUAACCUUAAAGAAUAACAGUCUUUCCUAACAUUUGCCUGCUCCUCCAGCUUUCUGCCUCAGAUCUGAUCCCAAACAGCUCCUUUUCCUCCUCUUUUUUUUGUUUUGUUCCUCCUCUUCCUCUCAAAGCGUGACUCCAGCAUGCCAGCUCCGAGCCAAAACUCUCCACUCUGUGCCUCUCAACCGUCCGGUCGGCUCAGAGCUCCAGUUCAGCUCCAAACCCCCCGCCUGCGCUCCGGCGUCGGACCCGGAGCGGGGACCCUUUGGAAGGAGGGACAGAACCACCGAUAAACGCUUCAGGCAGCUGCUGUCCCAACGAUCCAUCGCCAUGUGGAGGAACUCCCAGUUUGUUUAACUUACUGCUGUUUCUUGUUGUUCAGCUUUUUUUCUGCCUUCUGUGGGUCGUGUCGACGCUCCCCGGUUUUCCCUGGAAGUUGUAGGUAGCCUAAUCCCUUUUUUUGCGAGGCCUUGUCUUUGCAAGGUGCCGUGUAUCCCUGUGUAGUGGGGAAACCGAGAGCAGGGCGGGGUACGGCUCCGGUUCCGACUUUCUGCCGGUCGGGUUUGUGCAAAAAAAGCAGCAGCUUGGGUGCAGUCUAAUACCUGGAGCGUUACCCCUCCCUGCUCCCAACUGUAUGUAUAACUUGUGUAUAACAAACUGUUUAAAAUAAACCUGUGUUUAAUUUCUUCACUUAUUCGUACUAAUGAUAUGACCAACCGUGAUAAGCUUCAGUGGUUUCAACUUUCUUUAUGUGGAAACAUAAACCCAGAAUGAAGGACCGUGGAGGUGACCUCACCCAUUAUGGAAGAAAAACUCUCAUUAGAAUCGC